GCUGGUUUCUACCUACCGGCUUCAUACCAUGAUAACUUCUUAGCCACCUUCAACUGCGAUUGAUCAUACAACACUUCGCCAUGUCGACCAGCGCCAACUCGCUGCCCCAGUACCUGGAACAGCUGCCGGGGACUACCUUUAGGAAACUAUACCAGCAGCCUUCCACAGCCUUCGCCAUUUUUCGGCGCAUGCUUCCUCAUAUGGCAAAGACUAUAGUAAUGGCCAUACUAUAUUCGCCGACCCCCUUUCUUGUAUCCGACCUCGAUCUAUGGAUAAAACCCACCGCAAUCCGCGAAAAGGACCAAGCCAUCGCCAUCCUUCGAUCGUUACAUAUAGUUCAACCUCAGUCCUUAGCUCUUACCCAAAAUUUUAAGAAUAGUCUACGGCUUGCGUUGGAGGGUGGGGGCGAUCAUAAUUCGUUCGGUGUGCCGUCUACACAACCUAUUCCCAGCGAGGUUGACCAUACGUUCCUGGAUAGGUACGCGAGAAAAAAAUGGGACGAUAUACUCCAUUACGUCGUUUCGGCUACCGGAAUAACCAGCAUUCAGACGGGCUCUAGUGGACCUAAGCAGUCAGUCAAGGACCUUCUCUUGGCUGGCCGGCUGGUUGAGCGUAGGACUGGCGAACUUAAGAUUACACACAUUGGCUUUUCCUUCUUACUACAGGAAGCAAACGCCCAGGUCUGGGCUCUAUUACUUCUCUGGCUCGAGGCUAUUGAGGUAGCCAAUGCCAACGGGAGUAAGUCCGAUAUGGAUGCCGUUGACAUGCUAUCGUUUUUCUUCAUGUUGGCCUCCCUCGAAUUUGGGCGUGCAUAUAGCACUGACGCCCUCACGGAGAGCCGACGCAAUAUGCUGCCCACUCUCAUCGACUUCGGUCUGAUCUACAUUCCUCAGCACAAUACUCACCAAUUCUUCCCUACUCGUCUAGCUACGACUCUCACCAGUAACGAAACAGCCCUUCGAAGCGUUAGCGCAGGCUUCUCAGCCGCCGCUAGCGCGACCGGCGACGAGCAAGAUAAGUGCACCAUUAUCCUCGAGACCAAUUUCCGGAUGUACGCAUAUGUACACUCGCCGCUACAAAUCGCCGUGCUAGCCCUCUUCUCGGACCUCAAGUUCCGCUUCAAGGGUCUCGUAUCAGGCCACCUAACACGCAAAUCCAUUAAAAAUGCCGUUAGCCACGGCAUCACGGCGGAUCAGAUUGUCUCGUAUCUCUCUACGCACGCGGACGAGCAGAUGUAUCGGCACGCGGCGACGACCAACAAGCCCGUAUUGCCUCCCGUCGUCAUCGACCAGAUCCGCCUCUGGCAGCUCGACACCGAGCGUAUAUCUACCCGCGACGGCUACCUCUUCAAGGAAUUCGACGAGUACAAGGAGUACAAAGCCGUGGCCGAUUUUGCGGACAACAUCGGCGUCUGCGCCUGGCGUAACGACAGGAAGGGAAUAUUCUUCGCCACCAAGGUCGAGCAGAUCAAGGACUUCAUGAGAUCUCGCAGGAAGGCGAACGACGGGGGUAGUUAAAAAUUGAGUAAUGGAGGGCGAACAGAAUUAUCUCGCCCUUUUUACUCGGUGCGAAAGUCUGCCCAGUUAUUUUAUUAUUUAAAUCUAGCCAUCCACAUCAUCAGGCAUAGGAGUUCUACGGUUUAUAAGGUGCAUUGGGAUACGGUGGGAACGAUAGGGGCGCAUUACACGGUUUACGAUAUGAUUAGACAGGGGUUCACAGGCCUUCAUAUGUAUAAGGCUCUCGCCAUGACCGCGAUGGAUAGAAUUCAAAAGCUAUUCCCAGC